CCGGGGACUUUCCCAGGGGCGUGGCGUGGCCCCGGUAUUUCCUGGUACCGACCGGAGCCUAGGGCUGCUGAGUCUGGCUCGGUGCCCCGAAGCUCUCGUCCUAGGCCAGGUGGCCGUCUCGGCAGGGGUUGAGCUACCCUCAUGGAAGGGAGAGGACCCUACCGGAUCUACGACCCAGGGGGCAGCGCGCCUCAGGGAGAGGCAUCAGCAGCUUUUGAACGCCUAGUGGUGGAGAAUACCCGGCUGAAGGGGAAAAUACAAGGGAUAAAGACGUUAGGGGAGCUUCUGGAGGAGUCUCAGAUGGAAGCGUCCAGGCUCCGACAGAAAGUGGAGGAACUGGUCAAGGACAGUGAGCUGCCUCCACCACCACCUGCCCCUUCUUUGGGCUCCUUUGAUCCCCUGGCUGAGCUCACAGGACAGGAUACACAGGUCCAGGUAGAUCCUAAUGCCACGACUACCACCACCACCACUACCACCACCACCACCGAAAACUCCAUGGAGAAGCCAGCACCAGCCUCCAAGCCUCCAUCCAAUGGCGCCUCCUCUGACUUUGAAGUGGUCCCCACUGAGGAGCAGAACUCCCCACCCAAAACUGGCAGCCACCAGAGGACCAUGAUGGAGCUGGGGUCCCCACCCCCGGACGACGGCAAUCUCAUGCUCCACCUGCAGCGCCUGGAGACCACCCUGAGCGUGUGUGCCGAGGAGCCCGACCACAGCCAGCUCUUCACCCACCUGGGCCGCAUGGCCCUCGAGUUCAACAGAUUGGCCUCCAAGGUGCAUAAAAAUGAGCAACGCACGUCCAUCCUGCAGACCUUGUGUGAGCAGCUGCGCCAGGAGAAUGAGCUCCUGAAGGCCAAGCUGGACAAGGGCCUGGAACAGCGGGAUCAGGCUGCUGAGAGGCUGCGGGAGGAAAACAUGGAGCUCAAGAAACUGUUGAUGAACAGCAGCUGCAAGGAGGGCCUCUGUGGGCAGCCCAGCCCCCCAAAGACACAGGGUGCUGGCAAGAAGGGCCUGGCCGGACAGCAGCAGGCCAGUGCGAUGGCAGGUAAAGUCCCCGAGGUGGGGGUCUUGGGUACAGCCGAGAAGAAGGUGAAGAUGCUGGAGCAGCAACGCAUGGAGCUGCUGGAAGUGAACAAGCAGUGGGACCAGCACUUCCGGUCCAUGAAGCAGCAGUAUGAGCAGAAGAUCACAGAGCUCCGCCAGAAGCUGUCGGACCUGCAGAAACAGGUGACUGAGCUGGAGGCUGAGCGUGAGCAGAAGCAGCGGGACUUUGACCAAAAACUCCUCCUGGCCAAGUCCAAGAUCGAGAUGGAGGAGACUGGCAAGGAGCAGCUGGCAGUGGAGGCCAAGGAAUUACGCCAGAAGGUCAAGUAUCUGCAGGAUCAGCUGAGCCCACUCACCCGGCAUCGAGAGUACCAGGAAAAGGAGAUCCAGCGGCUCAAUAAGGCCCUGGAGGAGGCUCUCAGCAUCCAGGCCUCGCCAUCCUCUCCACCUCCAGCUUUUGGGAGCCCAGAAGGGGCUGGGGGCCACCUGAGGAAGCAGGAGCUAGUGACGCAAAAUGAGCUGCUGAAGCAGCAGGUCAAGAUCUUUGAGGAGGACUUCCAGAGGGAACGGAGUGACCGUGAGCGCAUGAACGAAGAGAAGGAAGAGCUGAAGAAGCAGGUGGAGAAGCUGCAGGCUCAGGUCACCCUGACCAAUGUCCAGCUCAAAGCACUCAAAGAUGAGGAGAAGGCCAGAGAAGCCCUCAAACAGCAGAAGAGGAAAGCGAAGGCCUCAGGAGAGCGCUACCACGUGGAACCCCACCCUGAGCACCUCUGUGGGGCCUAUCCCUAUGUCUACCCUCCCAUACCAGCAGCCAUGGUGCCCCAGCACGCCUACAAGGACUGGUCCCAGAUCCGCUACCCUCCAUCCCCCAUGCCCAUGGAGCACCCGCCCCCACUCCCCAGCUCUCGUCUCUUCGUCAUGCCGGAGUACCCCUGGCGUCCACCCUGUGCAGGGAUCCAGAAUCCGACCUCCCAAGUGAUGGACCCGCCCCCCGACAGGCCUUCAGAAGCAGAGUCGGCAAAAAGUGGCUGUGAGGGGCCUCAGUGAGACUGCAUUGGGUCAUUUGGCUCCACCUUCAUCUUGCAGAGCCAGCUGACCUCAGAUUGCCGAGAAACUAGAGGCCAUGUGCAUGUUCUGUGUGGCCCGAGCAG